AUGCAGCUUGAAUUUGGCUACAAUCCUUCCACAGCCUCGAUCCCGGCUUUCCCUCCACCUGAAAACGCUACAUACCGCGCCCCGGACACGCUUGACACGUUCCAAAACUAUGCGUGGCGAAAUCACACGGCCUGUCAGAUCUCCUCUCUGGACCUGCACUCUGCGUUCUCCCCUCUCUGUCAGACGCGCCAUGAUUUUCUGACGGCUUUCUCGGGCGGUGGACGCAUUGGGUUCGACAAGCCUUUCAUGCCGCGGGGGUGUGAUAUGCGAUGGUUCACGACCGAGGAGGUGUGUGAGAUCUUUUCGCGGUUCGAGAAGAUCGUUGUCGUGGGGGACAGUAUGAUGAGGCAUGUGGUGGGUGCUCUCAACGUGCUCUUGAGGAAGGAUCUGGGGUACGGCGCAGUGACGAAUUGGAACUUUGACGAGGAAGAAUUGCGCGCCUGCUUCUGCAACCACCAAAUGGACGUCAAAUCCUGUUCCGUGCAAGGCAUCUUCUCCACCUCCUCGGUCCUAGAAAACGACCCCACCAGCCUGGCCUGCGGACCUGACACUCCCGUCGACCUAGUCAUCGAGAUGAUGCUCCGCUUCCCGCUCGACACCGAGGAACUGGCACGCUAUAUGGACCUUCUGGCGCCUACGAAGCCAAAGCGGCCGUACGCUUUCGUCUUCGGCCACGGCCUCUGGAACGACCUCGACAUCCAAGCGACGUUACACUGGCUGGACGGCGUGCUCGAGCACAGUGUGCUGCGGGCGCCGUAUCUGCGUGACGCCCACUCGAUCUGGCCGCGCUUGUUCAUCCCACCCAACGCCGCGGGGAUCUUGAAGCCCGACCAAUGGCUCGUCAGCCAGGGUGAUAAAGCUCUCAUGACGUUUGAGGAGAGUGUUGGCGUCGAAGCCGCUAGGAGGGGCGUGGAAACCAUGGGCACCUGGAACAUGAGCGUCCAGGCGAGCAAGUAUGAUGGCGUGCACUUGGACUUGAAGGGGAAUUUGAUCAAAGCGAUGGGGGUGGUGAACUGGUUGAACCUGGUGGACGUUGAUUCUUGGUGA